AUGGCCACGGCGACGGCGGCGGCAGGGGAGGUGCUGCAGCACAUGGGACCGGUCCCUCGAGUGGAAGAGACCAAUAAUACGGCGGCGGCGGCGGAGGAACUCGGGGGAGACGACGAAGAGAUCCUGCGAUUCAUGGACUCGGCGGACGGCUACCUCCUCCUGAUGGAUUCGCUCUCCUCCGCUCUUCGCCAGGGUUGGCUUGAUCUGGCAAGUGCUCGCCACUCGAUGGGCGCAUCACGUGUUUCAAGUAUGCUGUUUGAUCAUAAAGAGCAAUCUGCAGCCACUAAGCUGCAAGUAGUUUAUCCUGCAGACUUGCAACCAUCAGAAUCAAACCCACAUUUUUCUCUAUCAAAGUGGUGCUUGCAAGAAGAAUCAAACUCCAGUGAUAUUGUCUGUGCGCAGGAUAGCGCUACAGCAAAACUAAGGUACAGAGGAUCAGCUGCUACCCCAGAUAGUAGUAAUGAAUCAGAUGCAACUACUGCAAAGUCUUCUACUGGUGUUGACGUUAACAGUCAGGUUCAAAAGGCGAGAUCAAAAGCAUUAUCAGUCUUUGGAGCAUUGGUGUCUCCAAAACUGCGAACGGCCCAAGUUUCCUUUGAAACAGCACUUGAACUAAUUGUGGAGUUAGCUAAUGCAAGAUCAGCCAUCCUCUCUAGUUUCUCCCAGAUAAAGCAUGAAGCAUGA